AUAUUUAAACAAUUCGACAAGUAAAAAAAGUAUAAUUAAUGAUUUAUAUGUCUUGUUGUUUAUGGAGCCAAGCAGAACCAAUUAGUAUCCAGUUGCUUAAUAAAUUUUAUGUGCAGAUUAUCAAUAACAAAUGUUUGUCGUUACCAAAAAAAUUAAUAGUCAAAAUAUUAAGAAAUUAUGCAGAACUUGUUUAAGAGAAGAUGGUGAAAAAAUGAUUUGUCUAUUUGUUGGUCCAGCAGACUCAUCUCUUGCUGCUAAAUUGACAACUUUAUCAUGCUUAGAGAUUUGGCAAGGUGAUGAAUUACCAGAAAAAUUAUGUGAUCGUUGUGUUACACGUGCUGAAUCAGCUUUAUUAUUUAGAGAACAAUGUCGAGCUGCUGACAGAGCACUAAGACAAGCUAUAUCAAAGGAAGGAUAUAAUGAAGAAAUAAAUUUAGAUUGUAAUGAUACAAUAGUUGAUAAAAAUAAUACUUUAACAAAACCAUUUAAAUGUUUUGAUUGUAAUAAAGUAUUUUUAAAUUAUCAUGAAUUAUGUACUCACAGACGAUUGUUGCAUACACUCGCAAAUUCAUCAUUUAUUCAAGACCAAUCAUCAUCAUCAUCGUCAAUUGAAUACAAUCAUAUGAAUAUUGUUGAAACAACAAAUAAUUUUGAAUAUUCAAAAACAGAUAUAACUUGUCCAACAAAAAAUAUAACAUCAACAACUAAAUAUGAAAGACCAUCAUGUGCUUUGUAUUGCUCAUUAUGCAAUCACACAUUUUCAAAUGUCAAUCAAUUGAUGAAUCAUAAAUUAUCUCAUUCAACAAUUCCAAAUAAUAAUAAUAAUAAUAAUAAUGAUAAUUUAAAUAAAGAGAGUAAUUAUCAACAAUCAUCAUUAUCAGUAAAUAAUAAAAAACAUAAAUGUCCUGUUUGUGGUAAAUGUUUUGAUAAAAAAUCAAAACUUUCAACACAUGAAUAUUUACACACCAAUGACAGACCAUUUAAAUGUAUUAAUUGUCCUAAAAAAUAUACAUCGAAAAGUAAAUUAAAUGCUCAUAUGAGAUUACACACAAAAACAAAUAUUUAUCAGUGUAAAAUUUGUGAUAAAGUAUUUUCUUAUCCAUCAUAUUUAAAAGAACACGUAAAAAUUCACAAUCAAAUUGAUAAAAAAUCAAAAAUCAAUAAUAACAAUAAGAAUAUAAACAGUAUAUAUAAAUGCUCAAUAUGUGAUAAAGUUUAUAAAUAUAAAAAAAAUUUAAUACAACAUAUUAAAUUACACAAUGAUGCCAUUGAUGAUGAUGGUGGUAGUACAAAUUUUAAAUUAAGCUGUGAAAUAUGUCAUAAAUUAUUUAGUCAAAAAUAUAAUUUAAAAAUACACAUGAAAAUACAUAGUGGUAUUAAAAAUUACGAGUGUAAAUAUUGUUUUAAAAAAUUUAUUGAAAAGAGUAAUUAUAAUGAACAUUUACGUACACAUACUAAAAUAAAACCAUUUAAUUGUUUAAUAUGUCAUAAAACAUUUACACAAUCAAGUCAUUUAAAAAAUCAUCAAGUUAUACACAAUUCAUCAAGACCAUAUAAAUGUAAAUUAUGUGAUGAUAAAACAUUUAAAUUAUUAUCACACUUGAAUAGACAUACAAGUACAAUACAUAAUUCAUCAUCAUCAUCAUCAUCAUCAUCUUAUAAAUCAUUUAAAUGUUUAAUAUGUAAUGAAUUUUUUACACAAGCAUUUAGUUUAAAACGACAUAAAAAAAAUAAACAUAUUGAUGAUUAA